AUGAACAGGCUAGAUUGGCAUUCGUUCGCAUCUCGCGAGACGAUUGCGCACGACUCUGACUUUGACCUUACAGCAGAUCCAGCACGAGACGCCUCUUCCGUUCAGUUGCUUGAUCAACCCCACGAAGCGGUGAAUCACCGGGGCGACUACCAGAGAGAUACCCACUCUUUCCAGCCGUAUGUUAGCGAUGGAUUGAAAGACCCGGGGGGAGAUACGCUUCAUUCACAGUCCAUUCGAAACAAGUAUCACGAUCUAGAUUAUAGUAUUCCCAAAAAUGUACAGGCCACUACGGAUUCUUCUACACGGGUUCAUUGGAAAGGAAACCCACGCUAUCACCUUACAUGGGAGAUCAUCGGGGUUUUGGUCUCGGUGUGCUUCCUAAUCCUCGGAGGCUUCGUCGCAAAUCUGGAAGCUAAGCCACAGUCUAGUUGGUCCACCCGGAUUAUUCAAGCCACCCAGAUCGCCCCUUCCCUCUGGCCCAUUCUCUUCUCUGGUGUAUUAGGGAACGCAAUCCGAGCGUUUGCAGAUUGGCGAGUGGAACGUGGAAUCCCCCUGUUGGCACUAGAACAGCUAAUGGGCUCACUCACUUUAGCUAGUUCUUUGAUUACAGUCUUCAGGUGGUCUAUCUUUCGACUCUCUUCUAUUGCUCUUAUUCUUCUAUGGGCCUUUAACCCGUUAGGGUCACAGGCAUCGUUUCGAGGAGUUUACCUUCAAGCACUGAAGGGCUCUGGUGCAGGACAAAUCACGUACUACAACUACAACUUGAGCAGCCAGCUAGGCUUGACUAUGUACAAAGGCGGAUCCACUCGCUCUAGGCCUACGGUCCGCGCACUAUAUUCUGCAGUGCUAUACGAUGUCAUUGCCAGCACGCAGUAUGUCAAUCGGACAAACGCUACCUACGAAGGAAACAUUGUGACGCUUGGAGGUCAUCAAGCCUCAGGGGUUCAAGCUGCAAUGGAUUCUUGGGGCAACCUGCGCAUUCCAAAUCUUGAGUAUCUCGCGAAUUACGAUGCGCAAAAUCCAUACCGGUGGUUGAAUACACCUUGGAUGGAGUCGGUGCAGAAUUACUCCAGUCUUAUUGGCGACCGCGUUGACGGCAUUAAUCGGAAUUUCACGGGCAAUACUACAUUCAACGUCAGCUCCAGCUAUCAGAACUUCAAUUGUUCACCAUGGAUGAAAUUCAACUCAUCAGCAGAAGCUGAGCCUUGGUUUCUCGCCACCCUCGGAACGAACAUGAGCUCCAUUGUGCUUCCGAGUAACCGGGCAGCAAAUUUCCCUCGCACGUUCUUCGUCGCCUCCACGCACAAACGGGUCGCCAAUUCGUCCACCGUCGGCCAUCCAGGGAUCAUUUUUGGAACGAGGGGGGUUUCCGUAUUUCUAUCAGUCACAGCAUGCUCCACACGCACUACCUAUGUCGAUGCCCAAGUGUUCUGCAUGUCUAGAGGCACACUAGGCAAGGCGAACUGUGGGGUAAACUCGGUUCGCAAAACACUUCUCGCAACAGACCCAGAGGAUCUCACUUUGCUCGAAGCUGGCCGUGUCAAUUAUCCAAAUACGACGAUCAAUCAUGAUCCGGGGAUCCCCACUAUCUUCCUCAAUGCCUUUAUGGAUAUGCUUGACGAUGUGCAGACUGGUAGUGGUACAUCGAGCAUCGUAGAAUGGUAUAUCAAAGACCCACUCAGCGCAUUCAAUAAUCCGGGCCUUAUUACCUUAGCCGAGCUGGGUGAUCUCCACAUUGAACUUUUUGAGCAGCGUUUCGCCUUACUGUGGAAUACGCUGUGGAAAAUCUCAUUAGAAUACAAAUCCGUAUUGGGCGGCCCCAUGACUACUUCGCCAUCCUACGACACGCUCAUCAACACUACAUCUACCACGACCUUUCACCUACCACCAGUCUACGCCAUAGAUAGGCCUUGGAUCGUGCUCUACUUCUUCGCUGUUGCGAUCAUGUUCUUCGCCGCUGUCUUCUCUCUCGUAAUGCACUAUCGAUGUCAAGCGCCUUCUAUUCUAGGAUUCGUUAGCAGUUUGAUCAGAGACUCGACUUACUUUGGGGAUAAUGGUGUGCAGGGUAAUAGUAUUGAGGAUGGUGUGAAGAAGACUAAGAGGCUAGGCGAUCUCGGUGUCAUGGUCGCGGACAUCAAGACUGAAAGCGAGGUCGGCAAGAUGGCUUUUGUGCCGCUCCAGACGGGUAUGAGGGUAAGGAAACAGAGGUUUUAUGAAUAA